GAGGAGGCAGGCUGAGGACCUCAGUUCCGAGCACAUGCUGCUGGCACACCCUGGGGGAAGCACAUGAGCGCUGCAGCGCAUCUGAAUGGUUACAUUAAUCCCGCUCUGAGGCCACCGGUAGCUAAAUAGAGCGGGGCAGCCCUUCCCGCAGCACCUCCGCGGUCUGUCCUCGCCACCGCCCGGGGCCGGAGGGGCGGCAGGUCCGGGCCGGGCUCGCAACGUCGGGGAGCGCAGCAGGGCAGGGGCAGCGGCCGGGCCGGGCUUCCCCGGUGCCGGCGGGAGGAGCCGCCUUUUCCGCUGGGUGUCACUCUGGGGAGGGGAAGGCGCGUUCAAAAGCGGCGGGGAGGGAAAAGCCGCCGCCAGAGCCGCCCGCACCGGCAGCGCGCCCGCCACGCCGCGGCACGGGCGGCAGCCGCUCCGCUCCCUGCGGGCCGGGGCGCUCCCGGCCCUCCGGCGCGGCGCCGGCGCGGGGCGGCGGGUCAUCGGCUGGUGCCGCCUGCCCCCCGAGCACAGCCCCUGCGGGCGGAGGCCCUUGGCCCCGCCGGCCCAUGCGAGGAGGAUGUUGGAGAGCGGCUGCAAGGCGGUGAAGGAGGGAGUGCUGGAGAAGAGGAGCGACGGGCUCCUGCAGCUCUGGAAGAAGAAGCGCUGCAUCCUCACCGAGGAGGGGCUGCUCCUCACCCCCCCCAAACAGCAGCCGCCGCAGCAGCAGCAGCAACAGCAGCCACAACAGCCACCGCUGCCGGCCGAGCCGACGGCCAAGAUCAAGGAGCUGCACUUCUCCAACAUGAAGACGGUGGACUGCGUGGAGCGGAAGGGCAAGUACGUGUACUUCACAGUGGUGAUGGCCGAGGGGAAGGAGAUCGACUUUCGGUGCGCGCAGGAGCAGGGCUGGAACGCGGCGAUCACGCUGCAGAUGGUGCAGUACAAGAACCGCCAGGCCAUCCUCGCCGUCCGCUCCACCCGGCAGAAGCAGCAGCACCUGGCGCAGCCCCACGGACCGCGCCUCCGCAGCGCCUCCAACUCCGCAUAGACCAGGUGAAGUUAACGGAGCGCUUCGGGGGAGCGGGACUGAGCGCGUUCGCCGCGCCGCACUUCAGGUGGUCAGAGACUGGGCACAUGCCGGAGGUGCAGGUAGACUGGAGAGAUGCGGCUCAACAACCUCGACCCCAGCUGCUGCUGUGCUGCUGCUUUGCCGCCCUCGGUGCCGAGAAGCAUUUCAAAUCUGUUAUUUAUGAACCUUGGAAGGGAUCCUUUGGUGCGAUGGGACUUUUAGGAGACAUGAUGUACUGUAACUUUAUUUUAAUGUAUUUUUAUUUUAUUUAUUAGCUUGUUUGGUUUUAUUCUUUUUUUGUUGUUGUUGUUUUUAAAGGCUUAUAUUUGCAAGACAUUUCUGAAUGUAGGCUGUAACUGAAAAGCAAAGGAAAAGAACAAUGUGUGUACGUUAGCACCCUAAAAAGUUAUGGGUAGCUUGGCCAUGUGUAAUUUGACAGAAGUUUUUCAUUUUUACCUAAAAUACACUGUAUUAUGCUAACAUGGAAAAUGUGAUGUGUGGUUUGGAAUUUGGCUGAAAGCCAUACUGCAUACACAAAAAGUUUUCUCUAAUGAGAAUAGCAAUUAUAGUCUGGGUUUAAAAUUAUUUUCUUUUAAAUUAUUACUUGUGGCAGAAGAUGAUAAAACUUAUUCAUGCUUGGUUAUUCAAGAAAAACCAUUGCUUGUCAUCCUGAGAUUAAAACCAAUCUGUUUUUAACGUAUGAGCGGAGGGGAAGCCUGACCGACUUCUUUUGUGGUACAGGAAUCCCAGUUGGAUUCCAGUUACCUGCUUGCUCCUAGGCGGGAGAGCAGGACCCGAGUGGCAUUUAUGAACAUUUCUUAGUGUCCAUGGCUCCCUUUGCACAGUUGGUGUGUAAGUAAGUGACCCGAGCUCUCGACCUGUGUUGAAUUUUCAUGGCGGUUUUAAAGUGUCUUGCAUUAAAGUAGCCCCUAGUUUGAACCCCAUUUUAUGUAUGUCUUAGUGUGCGAAUGGAUUCUUUUGGUCACGGUUUUCACAAGCUGGAAGUUGCUCUCUAGCUGAGAUGAACCAGAUGAAUUGUGGUGUUUAGUGCUGUCAGAUGUCGAGAGAGGCGUGCGAUCUUGCCUUGGAAAACGGUGACGAAGCCGUGAAGUUGGAAAACAAAGGGCUAAUUGCACAGCUGGUGUGGCUUCCUCUUAACACUCCCUGGGAGUUCGGCUGUGGUGCUGGUGAGAGUGGGUCGGUGCUGUUUGCCUGGCGCACAGGAGGGAGCGGGUGCAGGCUGGUGUGUGUUCCAGGACAGGGCCCUCCAUGUGAUGAUGGGCGGUUUCACGCUGCUGCGAGCCGCUACAGCCCCGGUGCUCAGGAGGCUGUAAGCAGGACGGAGCAACGUGGCCCGUUAUAUCUGAUUAAAGUUGCAGCCAUGGGGCUGUUUAUUUUAACUAGUGUGGUGAGGAAAACGGCUUUUGGCCGCUUUACAAGUUACAUGAAUGUAAACAAAAUCUUCUGAAGCCACACAUUCAGGAGUUUUCUGUUUGUGUAACUGAGGUGUAGCUUGACUGUAAAAGCCCCAUGUUAUUGGUUCAAGCUGUUUCUGUAAGUGUUUAAAGCAAAAGACUGGAGUGAUGCUCAAAGAAUGAUCUCAGAAUUGGGUACGGCAUGUGAUAAUCUCUUCCUCUGCACCGUAAGCUUAAGCUCAGCCCUGUAAGGAAUAAGUCGGGAUCUCUUUUAGCCCUCUUGUGUUCCUUACUCCCAGGUGACCUAGCCAUGCAGAACAUAUCAUGGUGCAGAAUUAAAGCCUGACCUUGGCGGUUCUCUGUGGUUGCUCCCGAGCACUGGUUUCAAUCCAGCCCAUGACAAGGUUUUGUGACGAGCUUGGGGUGGUAGAUUACAGCUGUGCUAACAAAGUUGUUAUUUUGAGACUAAUUGAAAUCGAAGGUGCCCCUGCAUCUUCUAGGAUUAGAUUCGCUGUCUUGGCAAUCAUAAUAGCCAAUUUCCACAUCUCUGUACAUCUGCCAUUAUCAUUCUGCUAAUGCUUGGAUGUUAGAGCUGCAAGGGGAUUCUCUAAUGAGCUAGUCAAAGACUCACAAAAUAGACUGUAAUUUGUAAUUUGGCUCCUCUCUUUAGAGUCAUUCAUUACAGUUUACUGAGUAACUAAUCCACCUUUUCAGAUACACAGACGUAUCGCUGAUAUCUCACCUACUAAAAUACAUCUUAAGCUACUGAAGGAUAAAUGUAGUUAAUGAAAAUUAAUUCCUAUAUGAUCAGACAGACGUAUUUCUCUAAAAGAGGCAGGUAUUCUUGUCCUCAGUGGAUGCAAGACCCUGAAUGCCACAGAAGUCUAUGGAUCUAGUCUAAAGCUGAAAUUUUACUGCUCUUCUGGAAGUAUUUGUACUUUGAAAAUGAAAGAUUAUAAGUUUUAGUGUUAUAAUUGCCACUAAGGUUUGAGAAAACAGCUUUCACUUUGAAUUUACUGCUCUCUUUCACUGGUUGAAGGUCAAUGUCCCACUUUCACCUUAUGUUUCUGAAGUUGGUCUGAAGGAUGCUCUCAAAACCACUUGGACUGAUGUAGUUCAACAGCUUUUUGCUGGGUGUCCUUAACUGCUGUGUUACCUUUUUAAAAACAUUGGUGUCAGCCCAACUCUUAAUGUAAGAGGUGGUCCUGUCACAAAAUCCACCUUGAGCUGUUCCUGUGCCUGCAGCCCGCGUGGAUGGAUGGGUGUAAGAAUCAAACCCCCCCUGUCUUGUGCCUCCAGACUGUCUCCUGGAAACUGAAUGGGAACAAGUUGGCUGGGGUCCCCUGGGGACAGUUGGACUGUGUGGUUCAUGCUGUGUCAGGAUAAAGAAGGCUAAAUUGUCUGACAUGGACAAUCUGACAACUCUAAAUCCCACCUUUUUUUUUUUUUUUUUUUGACUGAUAGUAAUUUUAGACCAAGAAAUUGAUGUUAUAAAUGAGGUGGGUUUGGGCCCUUUUUUUUUUUUGGUUUGCCCUUCUACUACUGUGUAAUCUUCAUUGGAACUACUGGGUUAAAUACUGUAUGUCACUGCCUUGUAAGCAACGGCUAUGAAAGUAGGUCCAGCAGAUCAUGCUCCAUCUUAUUGGAACUUUGCAAGUAGAGAAAUCAGGUUGUCCUUCCUCUUACAAAAAAGGGAACAGCAUAUGGUAAAGUCAUUAGAGAAUAAACAAAAACGCCAGCAAAACACACACAGGCAAAUGCUUAGUGUAAGGUAGUAAAAGUGUGGACAGUCAGCUCAUAAAGAGGUCAAGGUUACAUGUCUUAAUUAAAAAAAAGUGGCAGAUUCAAGAAGUAAAUUCAAGCUGUGGUGACCAGGGACAUUUAGAAACUGGGGGAAAAGGAAGAUCAAUUGGAUGUUGUCUCUGUGACAUCCUGAAGUAAUUCCUCUUUUUCUUUUAAGGUUCAUGAUAUGCAAAUGCCAGCUUCUGAAUUAUAGCUGCAGUGAUGUACCAAAUGUUUUCUAGCACAUCUUAUUGUGAGCAGAAAUAUCAGUGUUGUCAAAAAAAAAUUGUGUGUAAAUAUGACUCAUAAAUGAUUUCUGAGAGAUGUGAUUUAUUUUUCAUAUUUUUCAAGAUGCAUUCCAUUUCAAAUAAAGAGGUAUCUAUUGAAAGA